AUGCCUAAACAAGACGGUGAAGAGAGAGAGCAGGCUGGAAUGCAGCAGCCUAAUGAGCCAAGCCUUCAAGAAGAGCAGCCAGUUCAAGAGGUUAUUGCAGCUAUUGGAGUGAAUGAAAGCGAUGAGGUGGUGAAGAAAGUGCAAGAAGAUGUUGAAGAAGAUGUUGAGGAACAUCCUAUGAAUGAAGCUAUGAAGUUCAAGAGUCACAACUUUGUUCGGUACAGCAAGACUAUGACGGACAAGCUUCGAGACACGCACACAAUGGUGCAACGGAAGGCUGUUUCAACAAUCAUAAAUGCAUCUUGCAGCCAAGGAUUCCAAACGUGUCAAUGCAGUUAUUUCCUAACUUUUCUUGUUAAUGAAGAGAAAUUUUGGGAAAAACUUUUGAAGAUGUUAUGUGAAAGAAUUUUUCGAGGGCAUCACCGAGAGUCAAGACAGGGAAAAGAACACGGAAAAGCUAGAUUCAUAGUGCUUGCUCGAAAUCAGAAAUAUAAGGCGCCUCUUCGUCUCGAGCUUGAUGAUAUGAUGUCGAGCGCCCGAUAUGAUGCU